AUGAAGGGUGAUCGUGCCUUGACUUCGUUGCGGUCGGCCUCGACCAUGGCUGCGGUCGGGUCACCGCAGAUGACGACUCGUCGACCCUUGGCGCCAUUGCCGACCAGCAUGCUACUCAGGUCACUCAUGAUAGCUGGAAUAUCAUCAAAAAAAUACUUGCUUCUGCCAUCCCUCAAAAUCUUAUCAUUUCUUUCCAGCCCAAACAGGGGGUUUCUUCUCAAUGCCGAUAAGAACCCUCUGAUCCAUGCCAUUUUAAAAAAGACCUUUUACGAGCAAUUCUGUGCCGGCGUUGACGCACUGGAGACCAAGCGGUGCGUCCGAGGGUUGAAGGAUCUCGGUUUCAAGGGCAUCAUUCUCACAUAUGCACGAGAGACGGUUUUUGACCACAGCACCAAUUCAGUAGACGUGCAAGGAGUCGAAUCAAAGAAACUUGCCGGUGAAGCUGAACCCGACUUCUGUUCGCACAUCGAAGAUUGGCGAGUUGGCACAGCUGAGACUGUCGAUCUCAUUGACGAUGGUGAUUUUCUUGCAGUCAAAUUGACCGGGGCUGGUCCGUUAGUCACAAAAGCAUUUCAUGAAGGUCGUGCGCCGCCAAAGCAAUUUAUGGAUGCCAUUCGCGAGAUCUGCGCCUCGUGCAAGUCUCGUUCUAUUCGAGUCAUUAUCGACGCAGAAUCGCAGCACUUCCAAAAGGGUAUCAGCGCAGCGGCCCUGGAUUUGAUGCGCGAGUUCAACCGAGAAGGCACCGCCGUCGUCUACAACACAUACCAAGCCUAUCUGAAGCAGACAUCCGCCAACAUUGCCAAGCAUCUCGAAGCAGCCAGCCAGGACCGCUUCACCCUGGGCCUGAAGCUGGUCCGGGGAGCAUACAUUCUCUCAGACAACCGCUCAUUGAUUCACGACACCAAGCAAGACACCGACGAUGCAUACAAUAACAUCGCCACAGGCGCGCUGAAGAAGCAGCUGGGUGAGUUCGGGGCAGAAGGUGGCAAGGCUUUUCCGUCAGUCAAUCUGUUUCUGGCUAGUCACAACAAGGAGAGUGUGCUCAAUGCCCACCGGCUGCACCAAGAGCGAAUGAAGAAUGGGCUUCCCACCAUCCCCGUCGGCUUUGGACAGCUGCACGGCAUGUCGGACGCAGUGAGCUUCACGCUCUUGGCGGAGAAGGACGAGAACCAGACGUCGCCCGACGUCUUCAAGUGCUCGACGUGGGGCAGCAUGGGCGAGUGCUUGGCGUAUCUGCUGCGGCGCGCCGUGGAGAACCGCGAUGCUGUCAUGCGCACGUCGGACGAGUAUACGGCUUUGAAAUCCGAGGUCUGGAGGCGGCUCCGGUCGGCGUUUCGAGUCUCUAGCUAG